UAGGGCACCCGCAAUUAAACCCUCGUCGACCCUUUGUUCUGCCGGAGAGUUCAAAAAGUUGGCCGAGACAGAGAGAAAGAGAAAAUAAGAAUGGGAGACAGGGGAGGAGGAGGAGAUAGCAGCAGCAGCGAAGAGGAAGAUGAUCCCAAGUGGAAAGCCGCCAUCAAUUCCAUAGUCACCACCACAGCUUACGCCGCCUCCGCCACGAAAGCCGCCGCCGCAGCUGCUACUCAGCAAAACGAAGAUGGAGAGUUUCGACUCAAACCUAAAAAGCUAACACAUGCCCAAAUCAAGGUGAAGAAGCUAUUGAAUGAGAUGGUGGAGAAUACGUUAGACUUUGUGAAAGAUCCUACUCUCACUCUUGUUCCCCAAGAUGAUGAAGAACCAGAGAAUGACUGUGGAGUUCGGCUGUUUAAGCGCUGUUCAACUGGCAUAGUCUUUGAUCACGUAGAUGAGCUGCAAGGACCUAAGAAGAAGCCUAAUUUACACCCUUCUAGAGGACUUGAAGCAAGCUCUAAAGAGUUUAAGAAACGAAUAAAAUCGAUUGCUGUUGACGGGUCGGAUGUAUUGUCUGCUGCUGUGGAGGCAGCUAAGAAAGCCUCAGCUAGACUAGAGGCUAAAGAGGCGGCUGCGAAAGCUAAAGCCAAGAAAGAAGAAGAGAGAGUCGCUGAACUGAAGAAAGUAAGAGGAGAGAAAUGGCUACCUUCCGUUGCACGUGCAUUGCAGCUAAACAAAAAUUCAACAGGGAGAUCUGCAAAAUCCUAAACAUCCAUCCAUUCACUCAACUUGUAUCUCAAGUUAGGAGAGAGAGAGAGAGAGAGAGAGAGAGAGAGAGAGAGAGAGAGAGAGAGAGAUCAUUUAUUCUUGAUGUAGCGAUCAGAGUGAAGUUCUUCAGAUUUGAAAGGAAAUCCUUCUUGUCCAUCUUUUAUAUCUCAUCAACUUUUUUAUGUUCAUGAUCACAUAAAUGAUACAAGUCAGAUUAUUACAUGAGAAAUUCACACAUUUUUUUUUUAUUGAAA